UUUUUUUUUUUGAGGAGAGGGGCUCUCACACAGUCACGUAUUUUUGGUGUUUCUUUUUCUCUCUUUUUUUAUAUUUUUCUUUCUUCUUCAACAGACUCUGAACCAUGAUCAUCAUCAAACCAGAAUGGGUGUCUCAUGCAGACCGUGCACAAGACUCACGACAUAAAAAACCUUGCAUAUAUUCAGUUCAUGUUCAUCCUGAUGGAAAAAGACUCGCAACAGGAAGUUUAGAUGGUAAUGUCAAAAUUUGGAACACUGUACCUAUUUUCGACGAAGAAGCUGAAAAAGAUCCCAACUGUCAUAAAUUACUUUGUACAAUGACAAUGCAUAAUGGUGCGGUUUUAUGCGUACGUUGGUCAAACGGUGAAGGACGUUAUUUAGCCUCUAGUUCAGAUAAUGAUAAUGUUAUCAUCAUUUGGGAACGCGACAGAAAUACAGCAGCAGGUUCUGUCUUUGGCAGUAGCGAAGUCAACCACGAAACUUGGAGAGCCGUCAAAUAUUUACGAGGUCAUGAAUCAGAUGUACAGGAUUUAGCUUGGUCUAAAGACAAUCAAUAUUUAGCAUCGUGUGGUGUGGAUGGAUUUGUGAUAGUCUGGGAUGGUUCAACAUUUGAGCAAUUAAAGAAAAUUGAUCAACACAGUGGGUUUGUAAAAGGUGUAACUUGGGAUCCUGCAGGCAAAUUCCUCGCCUCUCAAUCGGAUGAUAAAAUGGUUAAAGUGUGGAGAACAUCAGAUUGGGGACUCGAAACAGACAUUGUCAGUCCAUUUAUCAAUGCACCAGGCACCACAUUAUUCCGAAGAUUAAGUUGGGCUCCCGAUGGUGCUCAUGUAGCAGCCGCCAAUGCUGUCAACGGUAUUCAAUGUAUUGCUGCUAUUAUUAACCGUGAUGAUUGGAACGCAGAUGUAUCGCUUGUCGGCCACACUUUGCCCGUUGAAGUCACCUCAUUCAACCCGAAAAUGUUUUAUAUGAGAGGAGAUACACCAGACGAAUCCGAAAAAUCAUUAGCUACAAUUUGUGCAUUGGGGAGUCAAGAUCGAAGUGUAUCUAUUUGGGUCACUAAAUUUAGUCGACCUGUUUGUGUAGCUGCAGAUAUAUUUGAUAACAAUGUAUACGAUAUCGCAUGGACACCGGAUGGUAAGAGUUUAUUUGCUUGUUCUCAGGAUGGUACAGUAGCAUGUCUUCAACUCGAUGAUGAACUUGUGGAUGCAGCACCCGACGAUGCCAUUUAUCAAGAAUUAACAAAGUACGGAUACGGACGAAAAAAAACACAAUUACCAGAAACACCGAUUCUACUGGAACUCGAGGAAGAAAAUGCCAUUAUGGCCAAAGCUUCUUCAUCGAAACGAAUAAGUCAACUGAUGACAAGUAAUACAAGCAUCCAAACCUCCAAAGACGUGGAAAUGACGGAUACAUUACCACCUCAAGAACCCCACCACCACCAACAACAACCACAGGAACAACAAAGGACUCAACCUAUCGAACAAAAGGUUUCCAUUGCGAAAAACGGAAAGAAGCGUAUUCAACCUGUCAUGAUGACCAUCGCACCAAAGGAAAAACAACAACAACAGGUACCUACCUCCGUAGCAGCUCAAGUGUUUUCUUCAUCAAUCACUGACAUGGAAAACGUGGUGGUAUAUGAUGAUCCUGUUUUACCAGCACAGGGUGUGGGAUGUACUGUCUCGGGUAAUAAACGAAAGUUACAGGAAGAAGAUGAAGCCAUGGGAAAUCAAAACAAGAAUCGACUGGCACCAGAAUGGAUCGCUUCGGCAGUCACUCCUCCUGUAGUCCAAAAGAGUCAGGUGAGGAUGGGCGUGCCCAAAGUAAAAUCAGUUUUAACGACUAAACUAAGACCGGAUGAUCCUACUGUUGUCAUGGAAUGCCAUAACGCACCAAAUAGUCAUAAUGAAAAUGCACCUGUACGAACUAAAGUGGUGACGAGUCAACAAGGCACAGUGGUUUGGGAGGACUAUCUGCCUAGUGCUGUAUUAUUAAUGGCAGGCAAUCAAUUAUUUUCUGCUGUGGGAUGUGAAGACGGUUCGCUCAAUAUUUAUUCACCGGCAGGACGACGAUUAUUACCGCCCAUUAUCUUGGAGAGUACGCCCGUUAUUCUACAAUGUUCAUCACAAUGGUUAUUAUGCUUAACCGCUACAGGAUUAUUAUACACAUGGGACAUACUUUCAUUCAAGAGUGAACUGGAUGGGAUUUCGAUUGCACCGUUAUUACAAGUGGCUGAAUUAGAAGCGGAUACAAUCCAUAAAGCACCUAGUAUUAAAGACGUUCGAAUCCAAAAGAAUGGGUUGCCAAUUGUCAUUACAAGCUUACAACAAGCAUUUGUGUAUCAUUGUGGAAUGAAGGUUUGGUUACGAAUUAGUGAUGCUUGGUAUAUCAUUUCCGAG